UUCCUCCCAACAAAUCACGUUGGGAGGAUUCCCGGAAAUCCUUUACGCUGACUUAUGGGAAAUGUAGUUCCUCAUACGAUGACAUCACAAGAAUGGGCUUUGGAUACCGGAAGAACUUGCAUGUUCAGACUUCAAACUUCGCUUCUCCCCGAAGUUAGGCGCCUGUCCUGCUCAGCACUGGGCUUGGAUCUCUGACAUGGAGGAAAUGCUGUCAUUCAGGGAUGUGGCCAUUGAUUUCUCUGCAGAGGAGCAUGAAUGCCUGGGCCCUGAUCAGUGGAAUCUGUACAGGGAUGUGAUGUUGGAGAAUUUUAGCCACCUUGUGUUCCUGGGUCUUGCUUCCUCUAAGCCUUACCUGGUCACAUUUCUGGAGCACAGUCAAGGACCUUCAGAUAUGAAGAGACAAGCAGCAGCUGCCAUGCAAACAGGAAAAAAACACCCUACAGGCAAAGAAUGGAGCAUAGCGGUUUCUUGGACCUCACAACCCAUUAACAACCAGAAUAUUAAUUUAAGAAAGAAGCCCUAUAAGUGUGAAGAAUGUGGCAAGGCCUUCUGUAUUCCAUCAUUGCUUUGUGAACACAAGAGAGUACAUACAGGAGAGAAACCCUUUAAAUGUGAAGUGUGUGGCAAAGCCUUCCAUGCUCCAUCAUUGCUUUCUAAACACAAAAGAAUCCAUACAGGAGUGAAACCGUACAAGUGUAAAGUGUGUGGCAAGGCCUUCAACUGUCCAUCACUACUUUCUGCACACAAAAGCAUUCAUACAGGAGACAAGCCAAACAAAUGUGAAGUGUGCGGCAAGGCCUUCUAUUUUCCAUCACGACUUACUGAACACAAGAAAAUUCAUGCAGAAGAGAAGCCCUACAAGUGUGAAAUCUGUGGGAAGGUCUUCAAUCGUCCAUCAAGUCUUUCUGUACACAAAAGGGUUCACAGAGGAGAGAAACCCUACAAGUGUGAACUAUGUGGCAAGGCCUUCUAUAUCCCAUCACAGCUUUCUAUCCACAAGAGAAUCCAUACAGGAGAGAAACCCCACAAGUGUGAAGUGUGUGGCACGGCCUUCAAUUGCACAUCAGGACUUUCUGUACACAAGAGGAUUCACACAGGAGAGAAGCCUUACAAGUGUGAAGUGUGUGGCAAGGCCUUCAAUCGUCUAUCAGGACUUUCUAUACAUAAGAACAUUCAUACGGGAGAGAAACCCUACAAAUGUGAAGUAUGUGACAAGGCCUUCAAUGGUCCAUCAGGACUUUCUGUACACAAGAGGAUUCAUACAGGAGAGAAGCCCUACAAGUGUAAAGUGUGUGGCAAGGCUUUCAAUAGUCUAUCAGGAUUGUCUAAACACAUGAUGAUUCACACAGGAGAGAAACCCUACAAGUGUGAGGAAUGUGGCAAAGCCUUCCGUAUUCCAUCACUACUGUCAGAACACAAGAGAAUCCAUACAGGAGAGAAACCCUACAAGUGUGAAAUAUGUGGCAGGGUCUUUAGAAUUUCUCGGAUUCUUUCUGCUCACUUGAUAAUCCAUUCUGGAAAGAAAACCUACAAGUGUGAGGAGUGUGGAAAAGCCUUCUAUAAAAAGCCACAACUAAAUCACCACAAAUUAACUCACACUGGGGAGUAACCUUACAAAUGUGUAGAAUAUGGCAAACUGAUCAACUUUGCCAACCUUAAAGAACAUUCAAGAAUUCAUUCUGGAGAGAAACCCUACAAGUAUAAAGAAUGCGGUAAAGACUUUAGAACUUACACAGCACGUUCUAGACACCAGACUAGUCACAUUAUAGAGAAACAUUACUACAAUCUACAUAACUGGAACACCCAGAACCCUUUCUUCCCUGAGAUGCCUCAGGCCCUCAUCAGCCUGUUUUCUUCACCACCACCACCCGAUAUGGCCUGGUUGAUUCAACGAGACAGAACUGUGCUGUCUGUGCUUCCGGGUUCAUUCUGCAUUUGUGUUUCUCCCAACUCUGCGUCUUUUUCAAAGUUGGCGGAGUGUGGCUUGUGCUCCGCGUUCGACAUGGAGGAACUUCUGUCAUUCCCAGAUGUGGCCAUUGAUUUCUCUGCAGAGGAGUGUGAAUGCCUGGACCUUGCUCAGUGGAAUUUGUAUAAGGAAGUGAUGUUGGAGAAUUAUAGCAACCUCGUGUUCCUGGGUCUCUCUUUCUCUAAGCCAUAUCUGGUCACAUUUCUGGAGCAGAGUUCAGAGCCUUGGAGUGUGAAGAGAAAAUCAGCAGCUGCCAGCCAUCCAGGAUCAAAACCCCAUAAAUGCAAAGAAUGUGGGAAGGCCUUUGAUAGAAACUCAGUCCUUAUUCAACACCAGAGAAUUCAUACUGGAGAGAGACCCUAUGCAUGUGAAGAAUGUGGUAAAUCUUUUAACUAUUCUUCCAGCCUCAAACAGCACCAAAGAAUUCAUACCGGAGAGAAACCGUACAAAUGUGAAGUGUGUGGCAAAACUUUUAGCUGUUCUUCAUACCUGGGUAAGCAUCAAAGAAUCCAUACUGGAGAGAAACGCUACAGAUGUGAAGAGUGCGGGAAACCUUUUACUAAUUGUUCAGGCCUUGUUGUUCACCGAAGAGUUCACACUGGAGAGAAACCCUACAAGUGUGACGAGUGUGGCAAGGCCUUUAGUGUUCGCACAACACUUUCUAAACAUCUGAUAAUUCACACUGGAGAGAAACCGUACAAAUGUGAAGAAUGUGGAAAGACAUUUAAUGUUCACUCAACACUUUCUAAACACCAGAGGAUUCACACUGGAGAGAAACCUUACAAAUGUGAAGAAUGUGGCAUGGCCUUUAAUGUUCGCUGCAUUCUUUCUAAACACCAGAGGAUCCAUACUGGAGAAAAACCCUACAAAUGUAAAGAAUGUGGCAAAGCUUUUAACUGUUCUUCCAGCCUUCACCAACAUCAACAAAUACACAGAGGAGAGAAACUCUACAAAUGUGACGAUUGUGACCAGGCAUUUAGCUGUUCUUCUUAUCUAUAUAAGCAUCGGCGAAUCCAUAGUGGUAUGAAACCCUACAAAUGCAAGGAAUGUGGCAAGGCCUUUUACUGUUCUGUAAACCUUAUUUACCAUCAGAGAAUUCAUACUGGAGAGAAACCAUAUAAAUGUGAUGAGUGUGGAAAAGCCUUUAGUGUUUGCUCAAAUUUUAUGAAACACCAGCGAAUACAUAGUGGGGAAAAACCCUAUAAAUGCAAGGAAUGUGACAAAGCCUUUAAUAACUGUUAUAAUCUAAUUCAACACCAAAGAAUUCAUACUGGAGAGAAACCCUACAAAUGCAAAGACUGUGGCAAAGCCUUCAAUUAUACUUCAAGCCUUGCUCAGCAUGAAAGAAUUCACACUGGAGAAAAACCCUACAAAUGUGAAGAGUGUGGCAAAGCCUUUAACUCUUCUUCAAACCUUAAGCAUCAUUGGAGACUCCAUACUGGAGAGAAGCCCUACAAAUGUGAACAAUGUGGCAAAGCCUUUAAAAAUUGUUCAGGCUUCACUCGACACUACAGAACUCAUAUCAGAGAAAAUUCAGAUUAGUGUAGACACUGUCUCAGAGCUUUCAAUAAUUGUUUAUUGAUACUUCAACACUAAAGAAUUCAUAUGAGAGAGAACCCUUACAAAUGAAAGGUAAGUUUGAACUUUAGUAACAGUUCAACCCUUAUUCAGCAUCCAACAUUUCAUCCUGGAGAGACCUUGUAAUGGUGAAGAAGAUGAUUGUGUUGAUCAUCAAAAAUUUACAUCUUACAGAAUCCCGACAAAUGCAAAUAAUGUGGGAAAUUGUCAUUAACCAUGAGUGAAUUCUAAUCAAAAUUCACACAUGCACAAUGACUUGGGAAGGAACAGUCAAAUAUGUAACACUGAGAAAAGCAGAGUGAAAAGCAUUGUGCAAGCAGUGUUGCAAGACUUUCCUCACCAUGGAGACUUUGAGAGAUAUAAGGGAAUGAUCACAGACAAACUUUCAUGAAGUCUAUGUGUAAAAUUUAACAAAUCAUGAAAUACUGUUUAUAAUUCUUGGUGGAAUAGACUCUCAUUACAGACUUUGGAAUCAUGAAGAUAACUCAAGUCUGUGAGGAUAUCAAUAUGUCAUAAAUCCAAAUUAUAACAUAGGCUCAAUUUUGAAAAGUGUGAAAAUCACAACUGCUAAGUAAUUUUAGAAGAACAUGACCGAGUCCUGAGACUUGAGAGUCUGUUUUUUUUUUCCUCCCAGAGACUAUACAUUAUUGGAAUAUGAAGUUUAGUGAGUUUUGUAAAUAAAAGUAAGCAGUUCUUAAAUACAUUGUCAAUGUGGUGUAUAGAAUUACAUUCGGCUAUAGAUAUUAAAAUAUCUACCUUAGUGAGGUAUGAUGGCUAAUCUUGGUUGUCCCUUUUUUGUUUUUGGAGACAGGGUUUCUCUGUAUUGUUUUGGAGCCUGUCCUGGAACUCACUCGGUAGAGCAGGCUGGUCUCGAACUCAGAGAGAUCCACCUGCCUCUGCCUCUCAAGUGCUGGGAUUAAAGGUGUGCGCCACCAACACCUGGCUUUGGUUGUCCUCUUGACACACCCAGGAAGAGGGAACCUCAAUUAAAGAAUCACCUCUAUUGGAUUAGCCGAUGAAUGUGACUGGUACAUUUUCUUAAGUACAGUUAAUAUAGGAGGUCCCAGUCCACUGUGGACUAUACUAGCCCUCGGCUAUGGGCCUGGGCUGUGUAAGAAAGGUAACUGUAAAUGAGACUGGAAAUAAGCCAGUAAGUAGCAUUCUCCAGGAUCUUUGCUCAAGGUUCCUGCCUUGGAUUUCUUCAAUGUAAAAUGAAAUAAACCCUUUCUUAUCCAA